AAACAGCUGUCAGAAGUAAAAAUGGCGUUGUCGUGAACGGUUCGUACAGAUUCCUACGCACCCCGCAAAAAAUUCAUUAAAAAAUGCAAAUUGCAUUUCCAACGGGCAAUUGACAAUAACCAAAAAAUAAAACUGUCAACAAAAUGUGCGCGCUACUCUAACGUAACAAAUAGACCUGCAGUAACUGGCAUGUGCGCGCAUUAUUUUAAGUAUUUAGUUGACAGUUUAAUUCGUGUUUUUUAGCUGUUUACUUGGUUAACCGUUUUUGCACCAGUGAAAAAAUUCUGUGCCCGUGUAUGAGUGUCGUGUUGUGUGUGUAUAUGUGUUUGUAAAGGGCGCAGCAGCAGCGUAAGAAAAAAACCUAACAGACAAGUGUAAAUGUUCCAAAGUACCAUUUAAUUCGAUUAGUUUAAUAAAUUGAAGUUCAAAGCGUUCUCUGUUCAUUUUGCGCAACUCAUUGGAGCCGCUGAAAAUUCAAUAAGCACGCAAAAUUCCAGAACACACACGCAUACAAGGAAAGGCGUACAGCAUCACAGGGGGAAAGGAACACGAAUACGCGCACGCACACACACCAAAAUGGAGCAACAUUCAUUUGAACGAUGAGGAAAUCGAGUCCACAUGCGCGUUAUAAAUAUUAAUGAAGAAACCAAAACGAAACGCAACGAGAAUUCAAUUGAGAGGAGCAGCAGCAGCAGCAGCAAAUGAAAUUAUGCCAAACACUAGAAUCGAACUGAGCAGCAACAAAGGCCACUUAAAAGAUAUAUAUUUUAGAUGAACUGAGUCAAAUGUGAAGCAGAUGUGUGCAGUGAGUGGGGCAUGAAGUUGUUGCUUCCACUUUAAUUCCAAUUGUUCGAUUUUCUGUUCUGUUCUGUUCUCUGGAAGCGAACGAAUCAAAUCGCAUUGUGCCACUAUAUCCACAGCUUUAUAAGAAAACCAAAAACAAGGAGGAGCAAAAUCCAAAGUGAAUCGAGAUAUAUUCAAUACGAACCCAGUAGCAUUCCAAUUCGUAGCAUUUUUAAAACUACAAACGAAAAUUAUAAAAGACAAGAUUCGUGCAAUCGCACGCAUGGUGUAUGCAAUUCCGCACAGCUUAGAGUAAGUGCAGCAGAGACAAGGCUAACGGCAACUGUUCAAGUCCAAAAUUCUCGUGUACAAAAUGUCACUGGCUGACAUGGGCACAGUAACACGCUCCACGGGCGGUGGUGGAGGCGGCGGCGGCGGUGGUGGUGGCGGUGGUGGGCGCCAUUAUGAGCUGAGCAAUUCAGGCGGCGGACCGGGCGGUGUUGCCGGCGGCCGCAUGACCCAUUCGCUGAGCACGCCCAGCGGCGUCGACGGCACGCCCUCAACGCCCAGGCAUCGCGGCGGCAAGAAGUUGACAGUGCGCAUACAAAUGCUGGACGAUUCAAUUACCAUGUUUCAAGUUCAGGCCAAGGCCUUGGGUCGCGUACUCUUUGAACAAGUCUGCAGACAGCUUAACUUGCUGGAGGCGGACUAUUUUGGUCUGGAGUAUCAGGAAAUAUCCACACAUACCAAAUAUUGGCUGGAUCUAGAGAAGCCCAUGAAUCGUCAGGUGGGCCUAUCUCUCAUCGAUCCUGUGCUACGAUUCUGCAUCAAAUUCUAUACGCCAGAUCCGGCACAGCUGGAGGAGGAAUAUACCAGAUACCUGUUCUGUUUGCAAAUCAAACGCGAUUUGGCCACGGGCAGCCUGCAGUGCAAUGACAAUACCGCGGCCCUCAUGGCCAGCUACAUAGUGCAGGCAUCGUGUGGCGACUAUGUGCCCGAGGAUUAUCCAGAUCACACGUAUUUGUCAUCCUAUCGCUUUGUGCCACACCAGGAUGCGACCAUGCAACGGAAGAUUAUGGAGAAUCACAAGAAGCACUUCGGCCAAUCGCCUGCUGAGGCUGACCUAAAUUUGCUGGAGACAGCGCGUCGCUGUGAGCUUUAUGGCAUGAAAAUGCACCCUGCCAAGGAUGUGGAGGGCGUGCCGCUAAACCUAGCCGUAGCGCACAUGGGUAUUACCGUGUUUCAGAAUAUAACGCGUAUUAAUACAUUCUCGUGGGCCAAGAUACGCAAGAUAUCCUUCAAGCGCAAACGUUUUCUAGUCAAGCUUCAUCCCGAGGGCUACGGCUACUAUAAAGACACCGUCGAAUUCUUCUUCGAAGGUCGCAAUGAGUGCAAAAAUUUCUGGAAGAAAUGCGUCGAGAAUCAUGGUUUCUUUCGGUGUACGACCGUGCAGAGCACGCCCAGGCGCAAGACUCGUGUGCUCUCACGCGGCAGCUCUUUUCGCUACAGCGGAAAAACGCAAAAACAAAUCAUUGAAUUUGUUCGGGAGAAUUACGUAAAGCGCCAGAACUUCCAAAGGUCUCAGUCGUUCCGGCAAGGGCCACUGAAUGCUAGUAGCCGAAGUCAGUCGCAUACGUAUGUGAAUUCCAGCAUUUCAGCCAAUCCCCUACUCCCAAUUGACACUGCGGCAUGGGAUUAUCGCAAUCAAUGCAGCGACUCGAUGACCCCUUCUCUGACGAAGAAGGCAGCGGAUACCUUGGAUCGCCGACGCGACAAUCCUACAGACCACAUGCGUUCUCAAGUCACAGCAGCCCAGGUGGAGAUUUAUCAGACGAAGAAUUAUGCAGCGGAAUCGCCAACCUCAACGGAGGAAGCGGCAUGCUCGGUGGAACGUCAACACCACUCGGCAGCGGGUAUGGACCAAAUGAAUUCGAACCGCUCGCUUUCGCCACAGGGUCCGCAAUCGUGGACUUCACCCAGCCACAGCAGCAGCCAGGCACAGCGCGCUCCCGAUCUGGGUCGUGCGCAUCAAGGCGAUCACAAUUUAGGUCUGAGCCACUUGUCCCACUUGUACAGCAGCAGCACGCCUCGUCGAGUCUCACUGGGAUCCCAAGUGUAUGCCCCUGCCUCGCCGCAGCUCAUCAGCAUCAACACCAACACCCACAACAACACUAUCAACAGCAGCAACACGGCGGGUCAUUCGGUGGAUCUCAGCAGCUCCAUGGAAUUGGAGGAGCAGGAGGAGCUGCUGGAGCCUGCGGAUACGGAGGAGGAGGGGCCUAUGGGGGAGGAGGAGGAAUUAGUCGAGGAGGAAGCGGAUUCGGACUUGACAGCAUCUACCAUCAAUCGGGAGACUAUGGCGGCAGUCUCACCGGCCUCAGCCAUGGCCAUGGCCAAUGCCCGUCGUCAGCCGCUUCACUCACAGGAGUCCCAAUCUCAAACUGUCACCCCAGUCCAUUAUAGCAGUACCAGUUAUUCGAUGUCUAAACAGUGCAUGCUUAAUAAUGCCAAUGCCAACUCUACUGAAACGGAAACCGACAACAUCAUCUACACUGAUAUUAACGAUAUGGGCCAUUAUAAAUACCCAGACUUUCACAACGCUCAAAUGGAACACAAGAUAUCCAACAGCGAGCAUCUCAAUUUGAAUGAUCGCAAUGAUAUUUAUGCCACCGUCAAUCGCAAAGCCAAGUCCAAGACACGUGAGAAGCACUUCAGCGAUGAGUUUAUCGAUCAGUCCAUAUUGCAGUACACCCGGGCUAAGCAGCUGGGCAUUCAGCCUGUGGCUAUGCCUAUGCUACAGCAGCCAAGCACAUCGGCCUAUGCUGCUGCCCAGGAACGUAAUUAUAACAGCUUGAACUAUCAAUAUCACAACGAUCUUAAUCAUCCCUCAGAAUCGUCUUCUUCGUCCUACUUUGGCACAGGCUUUGGUACAAAGCGUAACGGUCAAAGCGAACGAACAAAACUAGCACAAUCCGAGAAUUAUCUAACACCCUCUAUAGAUUCUCAAAACUCUAGGCACACUCAUUCUUUGCCACGCAACUCAGAGCUAUCUGGGGUAGAUUCUGUGGAUUCAUACGAUAGCCAUUACAUAACACAUCAUGCACAACGAAGCUCAGAGCAAAACAAAGAUUAUCAAAUAGCUACGGGCAAUAAUCUUUAUUCGACAGCGCAAUUCGUGAAGCCCGAACAGGCAGCUGCUCAUUACAUGGAUGAUGAAGAAGAUCAAGAUGAUGACCCGGAAGGGGAGAACAUCUAUGAUCAAGUGGAGCGUGAAUCCUGGCUGAAGAGUAGCUCUUGCAAAGAUCUCUUUGAACGCUAUAGCAGCACUUACUAUUCACGCGAGCAACCAAAACCCAUGACAGCUUUCGAUAAAGAAUUUCUCUCCUCGAAUCGCAUUGAUUCGCCCGUUACUCGCUAUGAUGACUCUAGGCACUCGUUGUACAUUACUAAGAACCAUUCUAUAGAUGCGCAUCAGGACUUUUCACCUCUGCCUCAGAGCAAGGUGUAUUCCUCCAGCUAUCCAGGCAGCACUUACAACACUCAAGAGCACAAACGCAACUAUGGGCAUCAUUUGGACUAUACAGGCUCACAGGAUGAUAUAUCACAGGAUAGCUAUGAGCUUCUAGAGAAAUAUGACAUUGAUUUCUUUAGUGGCCGUCGUCGUUCCGAGGAUCACAUGCGCUCCUGUUCACUGGACUCCGGUAACUACAUACCUAGCGAUGACGAAUCAGUUUCCGAGCAGCCCAAAUAUCGUUCGGCUAUCGAUGUUAAAUCCAAAUCGGCUGCUGAUAUAAUGAAUGAAAUUUGGGAUGCUGAAGAUCCGCGUUAUUUACCGCGUGAAAAGCUCUCUGUCAAGUCAGAUGGUAAUUUCUAUAAGAAAAUUCAAGAGGCCCUUACGCGCACUUCUAGUCAGGAGAGUCAAAGCGAAAUGUUUGAAACAAAAAUCUCUCGCAGCUCCGACUCGAGCAAAAAAUCACGUGACAGUCUCUAUCAUACAGAUAGCAAAAAGUCGCGAGAGACCACUAAAAGCAAAACAUCGGUGGCUUCUAGUCAAGAUUCUAAAGAGUCUCUGGUGGGUGAUUGCUUUGGACGUAAUUACGAAAUGCCCACAACCACUUGCAAGAAAGUCAAACAGUUUAAUAAAAAGGAGCUCUACGAGAAGUUUGCACAGUCCAGUCAGGAGUCCAAGAGUGAUUAUUACGAUGCUGUAGAGCCUCCUGCAGAGAUAGAGGGCUUGUAUAUCCGGCCAAAGGUUAAGAGCCACGACUGUUUGCUCUCCGACACGCAUAGCUCCACGGCCAACAGUUCAUUCUACGACAGCCGUGAUACAUAUUCCACAUUCCCAAGCAACAAGACUCAUAAGACCUCGAAGGUUCACUCGAUUAGUUUGCAAAAUGUUGAAAUUGAACGCAAUGCCAAAUCUUUUGGAAAUAAAUCUCCAGAGUCUGUGUCCACUCCUGCGUCUGGUAUGCGCUACCAGGAGAAGGAUAUCCAAACUACCGACUCGAUCGAUCAAACGGCACCCAUCAAAAAAAGCAACUCACAGUCGUGCAAGAUAUCCGCAUUCCGUCGACGAUCUGAUAGCGAGAACAUCUUUAGUUUUGAUCAGGAUCGUAUAGAAUGCAUACAAAAAUACAGUAAGCACUGGGAAGGGCAGCCUAAGGAUGAAAAGUCCAAGCAGAGUCCGGACUAUCCAUUGACGCCCGAGCUCAUCUCGGAGUUCGAGAAACAACAGGCACGAGUUGCGCAUCAGAAAAUCACACGUAAGGAGGAACUCAUGGCCAAGACACACUUUGAGGAAUAUAAUCCGAUAAUGGUCCCACUAAACUAUGCCCAUGCCACAGUGGAGCGCACUAAGAGCGAUCCUAACUCCUUGGCUAAUCGAGCUCGUCUGGGCAGUAAUUCUCGUCGUCAUGUGCUGAUGCAUCAAAAAUCGAUUGAUUUAACACCAGCUGAUUCUAGUGAUGAAGAUUAUAUUUAUAAGCAAAUACCCAGCGCUCCACCUUUAUGUAAAGCGCAUGGAAACUUUGAGAUACCCAAAUGCUAUGAUGGUCCAUCAGUUCCGCAAGUAGAUAUACCCAAGACAGGUUUUGAACUACCCAAGAGCUUCUUCCGCGAAUACGAACGUCGAUUUACUAAAGUUCUAAAAGAAGAUAUACCCUAUGUUCUGCAUAAGCGCCACAUUAUGAACGGCACUGCGCCGUCGCCAAAUGACAAAAAACAUAACAAGCCCAAAUCGCCGAAGUCACCAAAAUCUCCAAAGUCACCCAAGUCACCAAAGUCGCCGAAAUCACCCAAAGCGAGUGCUAUUCCGACACCUGGUCCUGCUGACUUUCUUCCAGACAUUCUGGAUAGUCUAUUGCCUGCAGAGACAAAAGAAUUUCUAUUCACGCAAAAUAUAGAUUUAUCGAAAGUGGAUCCUAUAACACUGGAAAUUGACAAGACCAUACCAAUCAUACAGUUGUCUUCACCCAAGCGAGACAUAACCAAGCAAAUGGAUGCCUCUACGUUGGAAAAGCUAAAUAAGAAGCUGAGUCAAAUUGAAAGCGAUUCGGCGACUAGCUCUAGAACGGAAAGCAUGCAACAGCAAAAGCUGGAACAGAAACAAAUGGAACUUAUUCAAAGUCUGCGCAAAGAACUACAGGCGAAUGCGCGCAAGGCCAACAAGCCGAGGGUAAUACCCAAAACAAAGCCAUCGGGCAAGUCCAAGAAAGGCAAAACACGAAUUACAUCCUUCUCAUCGGAUGAUGAGAGUUUGGACUCGGACGAUGUCUUUGGAUCGGCUGAAGCCAUACCGGAUCGCCUGGAGUUCUCGCCACCGCAGUCACGUAAAGAAAUUGAACCAAUUUUGCGAAUAGAGCAAAGCCGACUUAUCUCAGCCGCCUGGGGUAGAGGUCAGACCAUGAGCUCUACCGAAAUUGAGGGCUCUCCACCACAGUGUCGUCGUCUGGCUGAUCUGGAAAGUCGGUAUCAUACCCAAAAGCUUGAUCCACAGUAUGCCAAUGCUACGGAGCUUCGUCGUAUAUCGGAACGCUCUAUAUCGAUACCAUCAUCAGAAGAUGAGCCACAUUUGCCAAUGCGACGUAUGGAUGAGUGCACCAACGAUUAUCAGCGUAAUGAGAACAUACCAUCACCAAUCUUUGAGCAUGCGGAAUUCUUUCGCAGCAAUGAUGACAUCUAUGAAACGUGCCAUGAGGAGAAGAUAAGUGGUUCGGAUAUUGACUAUACUCUGAAAAAGCAAACUGCAAAAUCGAAAGUCAAAUUAAUUGAAGAAAUAAUUGAUUCAUCCAUAGUCAUGCGAUCCAAGGGACAUGCACCUAUAUUAUUUGCUCAUGCUCGACUUAAUUUAUCCGAGGGCUCGGUUUCCUUACAACGUCAGCAUGCCACACAACAGUCUCCAACCACUGAGCGUCGCACUAAAAGCCUGGACACUCCAGUCAUUUCUCUGCAUAGACUACCACCGAUGAACGCGUUUUCAUCUAAGGACGAUACUGUGGGCUUCGAAGAGGAAGGUGAGAUUUUAGAGGAAAAGUCGCUGGAGCGUGUCAAUCAAACAGCACAACAGGAUGAUGAUACAGCAGAUAGCAUUCAUUCCUGCGCAGGCUCUAUACCUACUCAGAGCAGCUAUAAGGCCAAUAGAAAGGAUUCAGUACUCAGUGCUGUGACGAUUGAUAGCGAAGAGGCGCAGCUUCUGAAUCAACUGAAAUACAUAGAAAAGAUUGCCUUGCAAGGCGUCAAGAUCAAAGAUAAACGCAAGUCAAAAAUGAAGCUAAAAAGUGGCGAUCAUUUGAUACUAAACAUACCCAAAUAUAGAUUUACCGAUUGGUCACCGUAUAGCUCAGCCAACAGCUCGCGAAAGACUUCGCCGGGUGUAUCCAGGGCCAGCAGCAUCGAGAGCACUGGCAAAGGGAAGCUAAAAACCUCAGAGCCAUACAAGGGCAAACCUAUGUCACGCAGUCGGCCAGAGUCGCGGCGCACCAGUGCGGAUGAUAUAAAAGCCGGCAAAGAUGGUCGAGGUAGCAAAAAAUCGAGUCCCAAAGAGCGUCCACGCUCCAUUGAAAUGCGUCGCUUAAGCAAAGACAAGAGCAAGUCACAAGAAGAGACAGAGGCAGACAUAGCUAAGCGCAAGGAGAGACAGCAAAAACUGUACGAAUCUGCAAUGAAGCAGACUAUAACCAUGCUAAGCCCUGUAAAAGAUACUCUGCCCGCUUUUCCAGCUCCAGAGGAUAAGAUACUGGUGAAAACUGAUGGCGAUAAGAUAAUCAUUGAAACGGAAUUCAAGUCUAAAGCGGAGGAUCAUGUGCUAAUUGCCAAAGCACCACGCAAGUUGGACACAUCGCUAGUCAAGUUCAGCCGCAGCUUUGAUGAGGGGCGCAGUCCGGACAAACUGGAUAAGGCCAAUCGCAGUUUUGAGGAUCGUAAUAAGUCUUUUGAGGAUUCAGAGAAAUCAGACGUGCCCGAAGACAUGCUGAUUAAAUCACCUAAGAAAAUAGCAAAAGCACAAGAAAUUAAACAGAAAAUCGAAGGCAGUGUUGUACAUAAGAAAUUCGACGGCAAAUCGAGUAGCUUAGAAAAACCAGCAGAGCAUCACUACCUAGCCACUGAUGUCAAAGCCCGCAGCUUAGACGACAAGAAGCAGGCAACGGCAGAGCCAAAAAAAGUUGAAGACAAACCUACGGCUACUGUGCGAAGCGCCAUUGGAGAUCGCCGUAUGUUCGCACAUCAAUAUAAUGUUCAUGAAGAUAUCGAUAUGCAGGCUGUUAUCUCUGAGCGUCGUUCACUCGAAAUACUCAAGCGUUCGCUGCCGUCAGAGGACACACGUGAUAGCGAUUAUACACACAGUCGCAAGGCGUCAACAGCUGAUAGUUUGGAUUCGUUUGUUUCGGUGGAUGAAAGCCACUCGCCAGUACCACCGCCCGAGGUUUACCCACAUCGAGUACCCACCAUUGAGUGCGAGGAGCCCUCCAUUGAAGAGGAUGAAAUCUCUUUAGAGCGUCGCCAUCUAAAAGUGGAUCGCCAAGAUGUGAACCGUUUGAGCUUAGAUCGUAGUCGCAGCGAUGAGACAGGCUCAUGGAUAACCGUAGAGUGUGAUGAGUUUAUUGGUUCGGAUACCUCAGACAAUGAACAGCGUACCUUAGAAGCAGAUCGGAACGCCUUAGAGACUCAAGCUACAUUGGAGGAUGCCAUACCGUUAGAGUACUCCAAUUGUGCAACUCCAACAUCUGACUUAAAUAUUCUGGUCACUCCACCCAAUGCUAGUCCAAUGAUUGAAAAGUCAGUACUAGAGACUUUUGAGAAGUAUACGUCCGAAGGUAAGAAAAAAUACAGCCUGGAGAAGCAAAGCGAUAAAUCGAAAAGCUCAGAUUCGUGGACCAGUGGUGAGAAGGACAGCAGCCCACAGCGUCAGCAGGACUGGAGCUUAUCCGUGAAAGAGAAGAGCUCCGUCGAGGAGGAGUCCAGUGUAAGCUGCUCCAUAGCACGUCCUCUGGGAAUAUCACAAGAUUUUGGCAAUGAGGAAGCUAAGAAAUGUCUGGAACUGAAACAGCGAAUGCUCAAGCUAGAUGUGGCGGCUAAUGAAACUGAGAUCACGCCCACCGGGUCGAACGAGCAGACACCAACCAAUGAGCCAAAGAUAAUCAUAAAAAAGCCCUCAACGCCCACACUUGAAAAACAAAGUCCCAUUGAUUUGGGCAACAGCACCGAAUCUUACCUUGAUCCCAUAGAGGAACGAAUUGCCAAAAUACUUCAAAGAACCGAGGACAGUGAAUCCAGCUCUGGUGGUUCCCGCAAACCGCCUCGAAUAGAAAAGCCAGCGCGUGCCAAUGCGGGCAAAAAAUUGUCGGUGACCAAAGCUGAGCCUGGAAAAUCUGGCAGCGAUCGCAGCUCACAAGAAUCGAAAUCCAGCUUUGAUUCAAAAGGUUCAUUAAGCGUCGAGUCCCGUGGCUCCUUUGAAACAGAAAGCAGCUCUGGGUCGCUAGGUGCAGCACAGCGUCGAGGCGAGCUGGCACAGAAAGAACAACAAAGCACUUGGAAAGCUUUUCCCAUCGAAAGCUCCAACAGCUCCAGCACUGAUGAUCCCUGGCAUCAUGUAGAAACUGACGGUGGCUAUGAGCGAUACGAUGCACAGAAUCCAUUGCGCGACUCCUCAGAUAGCGAUGUCAAGGAAGUGUCACCGGAUGAGCAAAAAGAAAGUGACACCAGCUAUCAAGAUGAUCUUAAUGAUUUUCCCACAACUUUUGGCUAUCCUGCCAUGACUAGCACUUUGGGUGGCAUCGGUGUCAAUCCCACAGAUAUUAUAGGUUAUAGUACAGGGUUUACGCUAGGCCGCACGCUCUCACGUAUUUCAGAGCGCAGCACAGCCUCUGAAAAGUCUAGCAUUGAAGAUGAUGUCAGCAAAGCAUCCACGCAUUCGGUCAGUAUUCGCGACGAAUCAGUUGGAUCCACAGAUCAUCAGCCUAGUCUGAGCUCUGAUUCGCGUAGCAAUACUAAUUUAGCCUACAUAUCGGAUGCAGAUCGUCGCACCUCAGCUGAAAUGCCGGAAAUACCUUGCGAUUCGGCCACAGCCGAUCGGCUUAGCAGUAUUGGUAGCUUCAAUGAACCAAAGUCACCAACACUAGUGACAGGGCGCUUCUCGGUAACACACGUGGAUGAACAGCAACCGGACGAUCUGGAGCGGCACACUCUUAUGUGCCUCUCGAAUGCAGGCAGUCAAGACUCAGAGGAUUGGCCUCUACCUGAAAUACCCUUUGAUCAUGUGCCGGUCAAGCCGGCCGAGAGUCUGUAUGCAAUGCCAGAUUUGGACAAGCCGGUGCCCAAGUCCUUCUGCUGGAAGGCUAGCAUGGCAUUCCAACAAUCACAAGAUUCGGUGGACUGGCCAUCGCCGCCCUCCAGUACCAUCGAUGCGCCUAUUGUGGUAGAGAGCAUUGAAACGUAUUAUGCCAGCGAGGUGCAGAAUGCCGACAAAGUUGUCUUAGAUGAGGAAGCGAACGCUGCUGGUCCUCCCGAUGUGGCCAAGGUGUUGCCUUACGAAGACACAGCUUAUCUUAUGUCCGCUGCUUUCGAAGACAAGGACUUCGGCAGCGAGGAUCUCCAAUUGGAUACAGUUAGCUGCUUGAGCACCACGCUAAGUGCCGCUUCCUGCCUGUCCUCAUCGUUCAAUGUCAGCUGCAGCACAUCCUCCACGCAGCCGACGGCUAGAGCAACUGCUGGACUACGAAAAGGCUCCAGUCCGGAAGUAAUUGUAGCGCAGCCAACACGAUCGCCAGCGCCGCGUAGCCCACUUUCAGAGGAUGAGCUGUUUUCCAAUGACGACGUAUUUAUGCCGGGCACCAUUAAGGUGCAGAUCUCACCAGAUGCUCAGCUGCGCAAACUCUCACGUGGCUCUAACAAUUCGGACACAUCUAUAGAUGACAUUUUGUCGGGAAGCACCUACCUGGAUGAUCAGACAACGGUACGUCGCAACUAUGAGGCACGUUUGAGCAGCGGAGGUGGCAGCUGCAAGAAGUGCAGCCAUUCCAGUCACUCCGAGGAGGAGACUAGCUCCAUUGGCACCGAUCUUGAUGGUACUGUGCGCAUGGGCUUGCAGCAGAAGAAAUGCACCCAUAGCUCCCAUUCCGAGGACACUUCAAUUGGUCUCAGCAUUUCCGAAUGGUCUACUGGCACCAAUACAGUGCGACAGUACGCAAACCUCUCCGGAUCUGACAGUCUGUCAGCCGUGUCGACGCAUUCCUGUGCCAAGAGUGAGAAAUCGAAUCAGACCAAGUCCAGCAUGAGCUCCAUCAACAAAUCCGCCGAGAGCCUAAACGAGCAAAGCGGAAGCUAUUCACACAAGUUUAGUGGAGAUAACGGAUCCUCGGAUGGCUUGCGCUAUGACAUGCUGUCAAACUCGGAAACCGAUAAGCUGAGCGAGCCCACCUCGGCCACGCGUAGCGAUGAUACCACUCUAACGCUAACUGAAAUGGCGCACACCAUCAGCGAGUGGUCCACGUCGAGCAGUCGCACUCUAGUGGGCGUGGUACCCGGAGAGUAUAUGCCCUUAAAGCAGCCAAGAAUGGGCAGUAAGCCCAGUUUGAGUUCACCCAGUGAGGAGAAGCGUAGCUCGCUGCCGCAGAUACACAGACGCAGCGGCAGCAACGGCAAUCAGGCGCGUGGCUCUCAAGAUCAAGCCGAACAGCAGCCAAUGGGGUCAGCGGGCCCUGAAACAAGUGCCGCAGCACGAAAGCGACGCUCGCUGGAAAUGAUGUCCAAGCUGUAUCAGAGCCAGGAGAUAUGCUCCGAGUCGGAGUCACCAUUUGUGGAGCGUUUGUAUGCGCACAGCGAGAAGUUGACGGAGCGCUAUCAGAGCCAGGAGUUUGUGCCGCUGCACACAUCGGCUCCUACAAAUACCACGCAGAUUCAAACCCAACAAUCACAAGCUCAGCAGACUCGCCAAAAACCACGUGCACCACAGCCGCCCACAAAGCCUAAGCCGGCAGUGACACGGCCCAUAAUGCAGGCGCUGCUCAACAAGAUGAAACAACCGGGUCUGGCGGAGCAGGCGGCGGCCGCUGCUGAAGCAGAGGAGACGGCAGCAGCGGCAGCAGCGGCAGCGGUGGUGACUGCUAAGAGUAAGCCAACGCCCGCACCCAAGCCGGCACCGCCGCCGGUACCCACUGUGCCGCCCAUAGUAACGCCUAACGACUUGCCUGGUCAUGUGGGGGCACCUCCGGCCAAGCCACUGGCCAAGCAUCAUAGCUACGAUGACAAGACGCUCUCCAAGACGCAGAUACGAGAGUUUAAAACCACGUCGAAGCAAUUGCGGCAAUCGAGCUCUUUCCACGAGCACAUGCUGAGUAAAUCACAGCAAUCCUCUCAAGAGUUGCCCAUGCGUAUUGACGAAGAGCGCGAUGCGCACUCCACCUCUUCGGCUACCAAUACGACAACCACAACGAACACAUUGAACAGCGAGAGCACGGCUCCGAAUUCUCCACAGAUGCCGCAACGUGCCGAUAAGUUAGUCCGUUGCUCGCCCUACUAUUCCAGCAGCCUGAGCUCGGAGUCGCCACCAAACCAGUUGAUCCAGAAGCCGCCCCGUAAGAGCUCGGCCGGUCAGCUAGCAGCAGUUGCUGCCGCCACAGCUGCCAGCGCGAUGAAAAGCCCGCCCAGCGGCAACGACACCGACAGCUCUCUGGACGUGCGCGGUCAGGAUGCCAAACAGCAGCUGCGCAGUCGUGGCUAUCGCAAGAAACGCCAGCUGCCCGUGAAACGCAUGCGAGCCAACUUGAACGCAGCCGCCCUGCUGGAGCAGGCGGAGAGCAGCGAAUGCUCUGAGGGCUAUUUGCCCGAAAUGGACUCGGGCAGCUCAGAGUAUUCGUAUCAGCGGGACGACCAGUACAUGGAAUUCGACGAGGAGCAGGAGCACGAGCAAACAGAUGAUUAUGAGGACUAUCCGCAGUAUGGUGGCACCGCUGGCAAAUUUGAGAGCUUGGACAUGAGCGACAAUGUGGAUGAGAUGGGAUUCCCACGCUAUGAUCGCUUGGGUCACAUAACCAAGCCGAUGUAUCAGCCAGUGGUCGAGAGGCCGGCGCCUGCCAAUCAUCCCAUGCCACCGGCCAGUGGACAGCCCGUUAAGCCGGCACGCACCAAGAAGCGACAGCUCAAACGCGAGGAUUCGCAGGCCCCAAGUUGCUCGAAUGCCAGCCAACAGCAGCCGUAUCAUGGACGCAACUACUGUAAUCCCGAGGAGAGCGAGUAUGAAUCCCGCGAGGAUGUAGCCAACUCGAGUGAAGAUAGCGGCGCCGGACCUAGCGGCAUGAGCACUAUAAGGCGUGGCCGCGCUUCGACACAAGUCGAACCACAACGCCAACAGUUGCCCUAUCCAGACUUUCUCUCGGACUAUGAAACAGAGCCUAUAGAAUACGAGCGGUAUGCGUGUGGCCUGGAUAUACGGGUUGAUCCGCCGCCCAAGUUUCAUGACUCGGAUGACCUGAGUGAUCAUUAAGAGGAUGUAGGAGUAUAUGACGCAGCAGUAGCAGCAUUUUCCAUUUCUUCAGUUGCCUUGGAAAUUUUUAGAACAAAUCUAUGACAAUUUUUACACAUGAUCCAAGUAUAACCAACUUAUUUAUAAUUGAGACUGAUUUACGACAAAAAAAAAAAAGAACUAAGCGUACUACAAGAAUACCAAAACAACAUCGUACAAUCCAAGAAAAAGUUUAAUGCUGCUAAAGAAAAUACAACAAAGCAAAAUAAAACAUUCUAUUCAUGAUUAUAAUCUAGACAAGUUCGAAAAAAAUCAAACUAAUUAAAAAUUUUAAUCAAAUAUAUACAAACAUAUAUUACCUUAACAAAAAUAUAUAGAGAAAAUACAAAGUCUAUCAGAGUUGGUCAAUGGUCAGUGAAGCAUAUGGUUAACGUAGCUGGAAUACAUAACGUAUAUAGAGAAAUAUAUAUAUCGAAUGUUAUAGAACAGCAGCUCCCAGAAGCUAGUCAGAGUUGAGUAAAUUUUAAUGCACUGUUUAAUCAUCGAAUAACGAAUAAUAAGAAACCUACAUCAAGUACUUAAUUGUUAUUUAGCUAAAACAAUGAAAUUAAGGAGGAAUACGAUCAACGUGUUUUAAGAUUAAAGUUGAACAAACAGAUUAUUGAAUAUUUAUUGAAAAAAGUAUUUGAAUUACGAUCAGUACUUAAUCAGUAUUAUUGUAUUUACCUAUGCUAUAAGUUCCAGUUAAUGUGUCAAAGCUUCAAUUUACACACUAUAUCUAUAAUUAUAAGUACAUUUAACUGAGUUUUCAG